CCUCCCCUCUUUUCUUACCCGGUAGUCCAACGUGGCCAGGUGAACGGAGGCAGGCAUGACGACAGAUGGCCCUUACAGUGUGAGGGAUUAUAUAUUAACACCAAGCAGCUCAGAUUCUCUUGCACACACAAACACAGGCGUACACACCCACUCAUGCAGGCAAAUGGAUAUGGUUUUCUGAAACACAGGCCAGCAGAAUGAUGCCAGAGACACAACUGGUGUGUCACAGCACAGCAAACACCCAGUAGGAUCAGAAGAACAAGGGAUUUAACCGAUGUACGGAGAGACGGAGGGCAGUUUUUCUCUGGUUGCUAUGGAGGUGUGGAGCUCCUCUGCAUCUGAGGAGGAGGAUGAAGAGAAGAGCACAACCAGUCUUGUAGAGGAAGUAGUAGAGGUGGAGGAGAUAGGCACCAACUGCAAUAACAAUAACAACAACAACAAGGAUAGCCUUUGCAGGGAGGUGACACAAGUGCUGUGCUCAGACAGAGUGGGCCAGAUCACCAAGACGUAUCAUGACAUUAAAGCAGUCACCCACCUGCUGGAGGAGAAAGAGCGGGAUCUCGAGUUAGCAGCGCGAAUCGGUCAAUCCCUCCUGAAGCAGAACCAGGAACUAACCGCACGCAAUGAAAUGCUGGAUGAACAGCUUGAAAUUGCAAAGGAAGAGAUCGCUCAACUUCGCCAUGAGCUCUCGAUGCGAGACGACCUCCUUCAGUUCUAUGCAAGCACUGAGGAAAUAGAGAACGCUGAAUCGCACUCACUAAUAAAAAGGAACGAGUCCAGCAGUUCGCUCAGCAACUUCGUCCACUAUGACUUCCUCCACCAGAAACUGAAGGGUUUAGAGGACGAGAACCGCAAACUGAGAUUAGAGGCCAAUGAGCUCACAACGGAGACAACCAACUACGAGGAGCAAGAACAGGAGCUGAUGAUGGUGUGUGUGGAAGAACUCACAUCUGUCAAUAAGCAGGUGGUCGACCUGUCAGAUGAGCUAGCGCGGAAGGUGGAGGACACUCUCCGACAACAGGAGGAGAUCAGCUCACUGCUCGCUCAGAUUGUUGACCUGCAGGCCCGUUGCAAAGGGCUCACACAUGAGAACGAGGAGCUGAACCAAAACCUGAGUGCCUCCCGUGAGAGCCAGCUAAAACUUAAAUCAGAGCUCAAGGACCUGCAGGACAAAUACUCAGAGUGUGAGGACAUGCUCCAUGAGGCCCGAGAGGACAUUAAGAACCUGCGCAAUAAGAGCCUACCCAACAGCACGGUGCAGCGGUACACUGCACUGGCCUCUGUCCUCCCCAUGGACUCACUGGCAGCUGAGAUAGAGGGCACCUUCCGCAAAGGCCUGGACACCCCGGCUACCCCAGAGUACAAGAACCACCCUUGGCGUGUGUUUGAAACCGUAAAGGUGGUGAACAAGGCCGUGAGACUGCGGUCUCAGUGUCACUCCCCGGGGCUGCCAGGCUCCAGCCCGGUGUCCGUUCGCUCCAGUUGUACCAGCACCCCCCGAACCAGCUACUAUGGCUCAGAUAAUGCCAGCUUUACACUGGAGGACAAACCCAGCUCCAAUAAUGCUCAGAAAGAAGAUAACAGUGUUAGUGGUCCAAAGCGUCUGGGCCAGCCAGGCACACCAGGAGGCCAGGACCUCGAAGCCGCCUUGCGCAGCCUUUCAGCCCGGCAGCAGAACCACUCCUCUGAGCGGCCUUUCUUUGAUGUAGAGCGUGAGCGUAAACUCCAUGCCUUGGCAGCAAACUGCGAGGAGGGCGAGGGCUCCAGUGGCUUCUUAACGCCAAAUGACAGCCUGGCCUCCAGCCCAGCGGCAUCGACUGGCACUAACUACUCCAAUGGCAGCUCACGGCAUUCCUGUGGCUCCUCAGGAGGAUCCAGGUCCUACCUGCCCGACCGGCUACAGAUCGUCAAACCUUUGGAAGGCUCAGUGACUCUGCACCAGUGGCAGCAGUUGGCCAAACCAAACCUUGGAGGCAUCCUGCAUCCGCGCCCAGGAGUCCUGACUAAAGACUUCAGGGAGCUUGAGGUCGACAUUCAGCACGUCUACAGCCUGAACGACCUGGAGGAGGAUGAACCUGACCUGUCGCAGUUCUCUGGAGCACAUGGCAUGGCCUCUCCAUCCGGUCCCAACCUCCCUCAGACCUCUCCCACACAUACCAUUACCACCUGCCAAGUCCUCCAACCCUCCCUUCUCACUCCCUCCUUCUCCACUAGCGUUCGCUCUUUCGGCCUGCCAUCUUGUCGGAACAGUGAGCUCAUGAGAACUUCAUCGCCGUCCCACCAGCAACACUUUGGCCUGGGAGGCCGGACCACCACCACCACUACUGUAACCACUUCUUCGCUGGGACUCGUGCAGCUGCUGCAUGAGCGUGGCAUCUCAGCCUCUCCUUGUCCCCACCACAACCUGCGCUAUAGCCAGAGUACAAACCCCUCACGCUCCACAGCAAAAAACAAACAUGGAGGCUCAUCAUCAGACAAAGAGGGAAGAGGGAACAUUUUCAGCUUGAAUCUGGUGAAGAAGCUUCAGACUCUGGGACUGCACAGUGUGGCAGCCUGGGGGAUGACGGGCCGCAAUGGCAAAGAGAGAGAAGCAGUCAGACGUCAUGUAAAAGUUUGAUGAGUGCUGUUCAUCACUUAACUCCACUCUCAUUCACCGUAGUGACUUCGCAUCCAGCCAUGUGAUUCCCUCUGUGCUGUUCAGGGCCCACGUCUCUGGUGUCUUGAAAACUAAAGCCACAGAUUGUGCUACAGCCAUACUUUAAGUUUUCAGUAAUGUACAGUAAUAUUCUUUUCUAUGAAUAUGUGUACAGUAGUUGUGUUUAUGUAUGUGUGAAAUCUUCAUCUCAGGACAACCACCUGAUCACCAGUGUGUUUGACUGCAACCUGCAGAAAUAGCUUCUUUUUACACACAUACACACACACACACACACACAAAAAAGAAACAUCAUGAAGAUUUUUUUUAUAUACUUUCUUUAUUGUGACUGGCAUUUUACAUUUUUACACAGCCACUGGUUUUAAAAAAAAAAACCUCAUCACCUGUCUAUUUUUUUUUGUUUCCAAGGUGGAACAUCACUUAUGUGUAUAUAACAAAGUUGUCAUUUGGCAAAGUUUAAAAAAAGACUAUUAAAUUACUGUUCGUUGAAACCACAAACCAAACCAAUGCUGUCACACUGAAGAACUUUCAAAUGCACUAACAUACGCUCUGGUCUUCCUGCUUUCUAGCUGCUAAAUUUAGAAAAGCAUGUUGUAUAUAAGAUUGUCAAAUAUACUGAAUUAAACACUCUCCCCAGUUUCAUACAUUUCAUCACCUGCUUUCACAUAGCACAUGUUGUUAUUUCUGCAUACAGUACAGUAUCACCUGUGAGAUGUUGGAAUUUAUAACAUUGUGGACUUUAUCCUGAGCCAGACCUCACCAAAAACAAAUCAGGUUUGCCAUGCUGCAUCAAAGACAGAGAAUGGGAGUUUUUAGAAGCAAUAUGUGUAUUUGCUGUGUUGCGUUGACUGAAAAUCUUCUGCUGUAUUUCAUGUCGUCAGGACUUCUUAAAUCACUGGGAUAUAAAUGAAAUGAAAAUAGUUCAGGGCAUUCAAAGUGAAUUCUUCAGGACGUUAAGGGGAAUCAUUAUUUAAAGAUGAAUAGAAGAGUGGUAAUUGUUUAAACAGCAUGUUUCUUUGAAAUCUUUCUAAACAAACAACUGUAGUAAAAAGGCAUAGGAUACUGUGGAUUAAAAAGGGAAGAAAUCCAAAUCACAGGUUGUAAUAAUUUGUGUUCUGACCUAAAUCAACCAAACUGCUGUUUCUCUGCACUACUGUUCGCUCUGUUCUGUGUUUGCAUCACAGCUGUACAUGUGUGUGUAAAAUGUACCACCUGUGAAUAAAACCUUGCAUUUCCAUCCA